CGUUGUACAUAAGCCAUCAGAUAUGAACUCUGCGAAGUAACGUCUCUUGGGUUCUUUUCGGGGUUCUUUUCUGAGUGUCUGUAGAUGUUUAUCUUGCUACCAUUUCUCCGUCGUCGCAUAUACCUUCCUCCUCUCUCCUCUGGGUAGGGCGGGAAAAGGGAAAGAACCCAGAAGCUUGUUAACGGCUCGCCGGAGGGAAACGUUUCCCUCGGCGAUUCCCUUCCUCCUCUUAGGGUUCUCGAGAUGAAGACCACCUCGCCUUCCGGCUACGGCACCAUCCACACCGCCGCGGCCUCUUCGCCGCCGUCGGCGGCGGCGCCGAAGGCCUCGGCCUUCUCCCGCGCCACCGAGAUGAUAUCCCGCUUUAGGGAGCAGGGCCAGUCCCUGAUCGCCGCCCGGCGACCGUGGUGGGAGCUCCUCGACCCUGCGGCCGUCCACCGCCCCCUCGCCGCCGGCGAUGCCGCCUCCCGUCUCCGCCGCAACAUCGCCUACUUCCGCGCCAACUACACCAUCGUCAUCCUCCUUGCCGUCUUCCUCAGCCUCAUCUGGCACCCGCCCUCCCUGAUCGCCUUCGUCGCCCUCUCCGUCGCCUGGUUCUUCCUCUACUCCUCCCACGACAGGCCGCUUGUCCUCUUCGGCCGCGCCAUCGACGAAGGCACCGUCCUGACCGCCCUCUCCGUCAUCACCGUCGUCGCCCUCGUCGUAACCGACGUCGCGUGGAACCUCCUCGCGUCCAUCAUGGUCGGACUUGCGAUCGUCGGGAUCCAUGCGGUCUUUAGGACCACCGACGAUCUGUUUCUUGACGAGCAGGAAGCCGCCAGAUGUGGCUUGCUGUCGGUGGCCGGAAGCCGGCGGGUGGUGCGGCAGGCCGACAUUCGCGUGGUCUAAUAUGAUGUGAUUAAGGCUGGAAUUAGGGUCCAUUCGUUGAACGAUGGAGGGCGAGAGGAUAGGACGGUUGUUCCUUGAAGAUUUGGUGUCAAUUAUUUGUUGAUGGUUUAGAUUAAAUGGCUGUGAUUGGAUUGUGUUUUUGCUGUUCGCUGGGAGCGUUGAUGGGCUUGGCUGCUUGCUAUCAUUUCUUGGCUUGUAGAGGAGACCGAUGUUCCUAACCUGCAUUGCACUUGCUCAGGAAAACAGAGGUUUGGGUCAGAUUGGAUCCAAAUAAGGUCUUACUCCAUAUUUAUAAUCGUUUCUUUCCCUUUGUCGUUAAUUCUUUACAACUGUUCUCUUUAAAUGCUUUGGUGGGAUUGGUUGUAAUAUUAAAAGAAAGUAACAAUCUUUCUGGUGGUAAGACCACAUUAUUAAUGAAUGUUGGAUAUAAUUUCCCAACAUGACUACCAAA